GCAGAGAGUUAGUCAACAUGAAUCCUCAACCGCACCAUCUGACAAAACCAGGAGUUCACCCCACACUAAUAUCAACUCAGCCCAAAGAUGCUCCAUCUUACCUCUGGCCCAGGAAUGUUUUUUUGAUAUUGCUGAUAGCAAGCAUUGCUCUGAAGUGCACGGUGAUCGUUAUGGUGUUUUCAGGUUCGCAGGCUCCUAGUGAGGGGCUGAAGGCAAGGAGAGGGAUCCAAAGUUGUCUACAGAAAUGUAUUCCUUGUGGAUCAGCUGAAGGCCACAUAACAGCAAAUCUGACUCUGAAUCCCAGCACAGCUCAUCCCCAGCUCUACAUAUCCUCUGAUUUGAAAAGCGUGAGAUGGAGAGGCAUGAAUCAGCAAGUCCACGGCAGUCUUCUGAGAUACGACGUUAUGGCCAGCGUCCUAAGCCACGAGGGCUUUAAUUCUGGGAAGCUUUGCUGGGAGGUUGAGGUGGUGGAUGAAGGGGAGUGGUGGGGAGUGGGAAUUGUUAGGGAAUCUGCAAACAGAAAUGGGCUGAUUCUCCUCGAUCCUCGAGGGGGUUACUGGGGAGUGCAGCGAAUUAACGGGCAGCAUCAAUCAAUCACUCAGCCCAGGACAAAUUUGACAUUGUGCCACUCCCCAAGAAGGAUCCGAGUUUCUUUGGAUUAUUUAGAAGGACUUGUGGCAUUUUUUGAUGGCGAUACGAAUGCUGAAAUCUUCACUUUUCCAAAAGCCAAUUUUGCUGGAGAGAAGAUUCAUGCAUGGUUCUUGAUCUAUAAGUGGAACGGACAACUUCUUCUCCACCCAUGACACUAAGGGACAAAGACGAUCAUCCUGUUGGAAGAACUUCAGGCCACCUGCCUUAAUCUCUCUUCCACUUUUUCUGUUUCUCUCUAUCUUCCUGUGUGAUGUAGGAUCCUAGGAUAACAUUACAGGAUCCAGUCUGGGGUGCUUUGACCUUUUUUAAAAUCCUUCUGUUUUCCCCAGUCUCACCUACCAGAUUUUUAAAUUCUAAAUCAAAGAACCCUUAUGUUGCAGUAAUAAAUUGCAUUUCAAAUAAUACUUCUAAACUUAAAAAUUAGAAGGAAUAAAUCAUGUUUCAAUCUGUCUCCUAUAUUUGAGAAUGUGUGUGCUGGACAGGACUAGGACACAAAUAAUUAUCUUGACUUUGAGAGUUCACUUGCCAA